AUGAUCUCAGGCGUCCUCAUUUUCAAUCAAAAGGGCGAGAACCUCAUCUUCCGCGCCUUUCGCAACGACUGCCGUCCCCGCCUCGCCGACGUCUUUCGCAUCCAAGUCAUCUCCAACGCACAAGUCCGGUCGCCGAUCCUGACGCUCGGCAGCACCACCUUUAGCCACGUCAAACACGAGAACAUCUACCUCGUCGCCAUCACCAAGAGCAAUGCCAAUGCCGCCCUCGUCUUCGAGUUCCUCUACCGCCUCAUCCAGCUCGGCAAGGGCUACUUUGGCAAGUUCGACGAGGAGGCCGUCAAGAACAACUUUGUCCUCGUCUACGAACUUCUCGAUGAAAUCAUCGACUUUGGCUAUCCCCAAAACACCGAGACCGACACGCUCAAGAUGUACAUAACCACCGAGGGCGUCAAGUCCGAGGUUCGUCCCGAGGACACGUCCAAGAUCACCAUGCAGGCUACCGGUGCCCUCUCCUGGCGAAAGGCCGACGUCCGAUACCGAAAGAACGAGGCCUUUGUCGACGUCAUCGAGGACGUCAACCUCCUCAUGUCCGCCACCGGCGCCGUCCUGCGAGCCGACGUGACCGGCCAGAUCGUUAUGCGCGCCUAUCUGUCCGGCACGCCCGAGUGCAAGUUCGGCCUCAACGACCGCCUGCUGCUCGACAACGAUGGGCUCCAGAGCUAUCCCAGCGGCAACCGCACCGGCUCCAAGGCGACCAAGGCCGCCGCCGGCAGCGUCACCCUCGAGGACUGCCAGUUCCACCAGUGCGUCAAGCUGGGCAAGUUCGACACGGACAGGAUCAUCAGCUUCGUGCCCCCCGACGGCGAGUUCGAGCUCAUGCGCUACCGCUCCACCGAAAACGUCAACCUCCCCUUCAAGGUUCACGCCAUCGUCAACGAGGUUGGUCGCACCAAGGUCGAGUACAGCAUCGGCGUCAAGGCCAACUUCGGUUCCAAACUCUUUGCCACCAACGUCAUCGUCAAGAUACCGACGCCCCUCAACACGGCCAAGAUUAUCGAGCGCUGCACCCAGGGCAAGGCCAAGUAUGAACCGAGCGAGAACAACAUCGUCUGGAAGAUUGGCAGGUUCACCGGCCAGAGCGAGUACGUUCUCAGCGCCGAGGCUCUGCUCACGAGCAUGACCAACCAGCGAGCCUGGAGUCGACCGCCUCUGAGCAUGAACUUUAGUCUGCUCAUGUUUACGAGCUCUGGCUUGCUGGUGCGGUACCUCAAGGUGUUUGAGAAGAGCAAUUAUUCGAGUGUCAAGUGGGUUCGUUACAUGACGAGGGCCGUGCCAACCACCUGGCGCAAGCAAUGCGGACUAUUCCUUUGCAUCACCAUGUUUACCUGUGCUCAUCCUUGGGCCCGAGUCGUCCCUCCCUCCUCUUGCCCCGUCCAUCGGCCGUUCGAUUCGACUUGCGAUGGUGAUGCCGCCCUUCUCGGCCUCCCACUCGGUUCGACACUACCUGGUGCCACUGGGCAGAAUCUCGUCAACAUGCACUGCCCCAGACUCCUGCGCGACGCACCACACACAACACCGCACCAUUGUCACAGCAUGACGCAUCUCGCCGUCGAUGUCAUGUACGCAGAGUGGCGAUGGUUAUGCGACGAGCGUUGGACAUCGGAAAUUACCCCCCAGCCCUGGUUUGCAAACUUGCGUACCGACUUGAUUGUGCUUGGCUAG